AUGACUACCGUGGGCAGGAUCAGCUUCACGGUGCGGAGCCUUUUGGAUUUACCCGAGCCGGAAGGCGGCGGAGGCAAGGAGCAGGACCCCAGCGAGGGAUACGGCCGCUCCCUGUACCGGGAAUGGAUGGAAACGGACAGGAGCCAGUAUCUGUGUGAGUGCGGGGCGGCGGCGGGGAUCGCACAGGGAUGAAGGGCUUGGGGGAGAUCCGGGGAAGAGGGAGGGAGAAAAUAAAGGCGACCACCAUCUUAGAGGGAGAUGUAACAGGCAGGGAGAUAACGGGGACGUGGUGGUCACCCAGAGAUAAUGGGCGGAGGAAUAUUGAACCCCAACAAUAUUGCUGGGCAGAGAUGAUGGAAAGGUGUGUGCGUGCGGCAGAGAGGGGAGAACACACCCACUCCACCGAAGGGAAAUCGAUAUCGCUAUGCAUUGAGGAGAUAUUGAGCGAGAGAUGUCAUAUUUGACUUUCAUACAUAUCGCUCGUGUACGCAAGUGUGUGUACACGGACCCAGGGACGCCCACACACUCGUUACUCAAAGCAAGGCAGAAAUACAUUUCUUCCUAUCAUAAAGCUUACUCCAGGCAAAACCGUGAGAUCCCUGUAAUAGCCUUUGUGCUUAGGAAUGGUCCUGCUUAGGUAUUGUCUCCUCGGCGCUGACAUCUUCAAGAUGGACACAUAUGCGUCUGUUCAGAUAUUAAUAUAAUAUGUAUUUACUAAUUGGUCACGUAUUAUAUACUAAAACUAUUACGACUUCACAUGUAGGGUUAUUUUUUUGUUUCUUGACGGUGCCUUUUACCUCGACUAUUAAUGCUUUGCCGAUUAUAUAUCUACCGUUUUCUACAGAAAAUGUACCAUACGAAUUUAAGGACACUUCCUCAGCCAGAAAAUUCAAUUGAAUGAACGUGUGCCUAGAUGAAGAUGUUGGCAAAUAUAUAAUAUAUGAUUCUAUAGUCUUUUUUUAAAAAAAUAGAUUAUUCAUAGGUUUUUAUAAUUGUUUAGAGGCAGGGAAAUAGAUUUCAUAGAGAUAUUUCCCACCUUAUGGAAAAUCAAAACAUUUUCUGUAGAUAAAAAUAAGAAACUAAGCUCAGCCCAGUAUACAAUCUAUACCACAGUUGCUGUAAUUAGUUAAUAUUACUGUAGUAAUUAUAAUGUAGAAUAUGCUUGUAUUUCUGGGCAACAAGAUUAGAUCCGUGGCUGUCUUUUGUAGUUUUUCCCCCGAGGGGCUCAGUUUGUUUAAUUACAAAACACGCUUCAGUGUAUCCCUGGGCAAUUUCCUCAUCAUAGUGAUCUCUACGGUCUGUCUUUCCCUCCCCUUCCCUCACCACCGAUUUCUGUUUCCAAGUAAUGGCUCUUAAAGCACUGUAGUCUAUUUCUGCGGUAGUUAGUAUGUACGCAUGUACCAAAUUCCAGCCUUUCUACAGAAUCCAUGGCUUAGAUCAUGAUGGUAAUAUAAUAGUGAAAGAUGAUCUGACUCAUCCAUCCAUCGAUUCAUAUUUGUUCUAAGCCCAAUAAAGUCCAGCGCUUGGAUUCAGGUCCCAUUGGUCUGAACUCCAGCUGAAUGCUAACCAAGUUAUGGGUAAAAUCCAGCCACACUUAAGUUUUUGGUUUUUCAAAAGAAGUCCAAUUGAUUUCAGUGGGAGAUGUAGCCACGUGUUUUUAUUUCCCUUUGAAAUCAAUGGGACAGAGCUUAAUUUGGACUGGCUAGGCAGUGAUUUUUGCUUCCACCCCAGUGAGGUUUGGAGAAAUGUUCGAUCAAGGAAAAUGAGGGGGGCGGACUUAAUGAAAUCCAUACCUACAAGCCUCACUCCUGCCGAAUCGUGCUGCCUGCAGCCUUGUAAAAUAUAAGCUCCCCCUCCCUACGAUCCCCCAAUAGCCUUUUCAGGCUGCCGUUUAGUCCGAUCCUAUGCAUAUUUGCUCAGAAUUAAGUCCCAUUGGAUGCGAAGAGACUCCCAAGUAAACGCGCCCAAGAUUGCGACCUUCGAUGGAAGUAACUUUGGUUCCACCGAGAGCAGAUGGGUUUACAGGCUGUGUGCCCGCUAAACCUUUAAAGCACACAUACAUACCCCAUUAAAUCCUGGGAAUUGUAGUUUGCUAAGGGUGCCGAGAAUUGCAGCUCUGUGAGGAGUAAACUAUAGUUGCCGGAAUUAUUUGGGUGAGUGGGUGUGCUAGAAAUGGAUGUUGUGUACGCAGCUUAAGUCCAAGUCAACUUUUUUCCGGUAGUAUUGCCAAUAGUUUAAGCUCCCUUGUACUCAAGAUGAGGAGAGUAGUGGGUCGUUUUCCAGGCCUCGGCUCUGCUUUCACCAAAAGCAGAUCCCCUAAUUAAAUACAAGAGUCUGCCGCUCCAGAAGAUGCUUCUCGUUUGGCCCAAUGUUUCCAGAAGCGGAGUAGCAGUUCUUGGAGAUCUAAGGACCCUUCCUAUUGUAGAACAGGAACGGCUUGCAUCUUAAAUCUCCGGCACUAAAUUAAGGAAAUACACAAACGAGUACGAGUCCAUUUACAGACAGAGUAAUUCAUAACGUGUACGAGCUUAUUUAAAAUCCUAAUAACCCAGCUCAGUCUUCCAAAACGCUUCUUAGGAAAAUGGUGCGCCCCGAGGGCUUCCUGGUGGGGUCUUCCGGAGGCAAUGGCCCUUGGCCAUAAACCCUGGCAGGUAUUCUUGCUGAUGCGCCUCCAUUCCGAUUUUUUCCCAUCCGCCACUUCGAUGAGAGCUGGUCCCUUCGCAGCUAAGCGACUCCUGAAUGAGAGGAGGUGGGGAGAGAUUCUUGUCACAGAAAGACAGACAGGAAGACAGACCCAUUGGUUUCUAGAAGCAUGUCUCACGCACCAUAUAACCAAAGCACGCCCUUUUGCCAUUAGUAAAUCCACCAGGAAUAUCACUUCCACAUACCCACCCACCACCCAUGCUUAGGAUAACAAAUGCGCUCAGCCGCAUCUUCUCUUCUUUUAGCUUAGUAAGGCGAGCGGCUGCUUGGGGGGCUUCCGGGAGAUCUCUUGAUCUAACCUUACGCUUGGAGACGGCGCAUACAAAAGGGUACUUUAAAAUAGAUGUUGAGCCCUUGCAGCUGGGCGUGUGUGUGUAUGGGAAAGGCAAUUAGAAGUAUGAGAAAGGUUAAUAGAUUUUUGGGCAUCCGAUAAAUGUCUACCUCUCACUUUUCUUGUUCUUUUCUCACACUCACUCACUCACUCACAUACAUAUAUACGCACCCUACAAACCACCAAAUGCACCGAUCAUUGUUAUUUACUGUUUUGCAGCUUUAGCAAGCGCUCCAGCUGCCCAACUAUGAUUAAAAAAAUAAGAUAAAACGCAAAAGAUUAGGAACUCAGCGAGCUAAAAGCAACAAACCCGUUUCUGCAAUUGUACAAUUAAUAUUUCGUAAAAGGACUGGCUGGAGCUCGUUGAAAUCAAAGGGAGAUUUUCGCUAUUCUAAAACUCUUCCAAUAGAUAGGGUAAGCGAAGAACAAUAUUUCAUCAAGAUGAUAGCUGAAAGGAAAUCUUGCCCGCAGUCUCGCGCUUAACUCGCGUGACACAGAAGCGGUAUUGCUGUCUUCUCAACGCAAACCACAGGAAGGCGGUUUCGGCUGCGCAACUUCUCCCGCGUCCUAGUGCUGCUCCUGUUCCUGUCGGAGGUUUUUGCUGAAGCGGGUUGGUGCUCCAGGAGACUAGUUAACCUCAGUCUCCAGUGUUGUUGGCUGGCAACAAAACAUUAAACUAUGCCUAAAAUAGCCACAUUUAAAUAUCAAGAUGAGGCGGAUGAGAAUUCUCAGAGUCAUCUCUAGGCAAGGUUGGGAAUGUCUCCCUUGUGAAACCCUGGAGAGCUACUCCCGUGCAUGGGACCAGUGGUUUGAUUUAGUAUAAAGAAACUUCGUGCGUCCCUCUGUAAAUCCUACCCGAUCCAUCAUCAAAGCCCUGUCCAAAUAAAAAGGUCACAGUGCGCCCAAAUAAAAGCGCUACCGUUUCGGUUCUUGGCCUUCGGCUUUGUCGGAUCUCCAGAGAAAAUGGAACUAUGGGUGGCUGGGCAGAUUUAUUUCUGCAUUUUGUGUGUGGCUAUAGCUAUAUAUUCUAGAAAUACACAUAUCAGGUAAAAGAAAGUGCUUCUUCACGCAGCGCACAGUUAAACUGUGGAACUCACCUCCACGGGAGGCAGUGACAGCCCCCAACUUGGAUGGCUUUAAGACAGGAUUGGACAGAUUCAUGGAAGAGAGGGCUAUCAAGUGCGACUAGCCAUGAUGACUAUGUUUCUGAAUGCCUGUUGCUGUAAACCACAGGAGGUGAGAGUACUCUUGGGAUGAACAACUGCUUAGGAGUUUUCUACAGGCAUCUGGUUUCCCACUGUGAGAGCAGGAUGCUGGACUAGAUGGGCCAUGGGCCUGAUCCAGCAGGCUCUUCCCCAUGCCCUCUUUCUUCACAAUCACAGCAUAAUGUACCAUUCAGACCUAACCAUUGAAUCCAUUGAACAGUACAGUGGUACGUCGGGUUACAUACGCUUUAGGUUACAGACUCCGCUAACCCAGAAAUAUUACCUCCGGUUAAGAACUUUGCUUCAGGAUGAGCUGAAAUCGCGCAGCGGCAGCGGGGGCCCCAUUAGCUAAAGUGGUGCUUCAGGUUAAGAACAGUUUUGGGUUAAGAACAGACCUCCAGAACGAACUAAGUUCUUAACCCGAGGUACCACUAUAUUUCAUUGAUGAUGUUGUUGUUGUUGAUGAUGUUUCGACUGCGCUUUCAGUCUUCCGGAAUUUCCUAAUCCUCGCUUACACGCGUCCCUUUGCAGCGGUAAAUAAGCAAAUGAUAACCAGGAAGCGGGAUCUAACGCGCCUGCCUUGUCUCCUUCCCUCCCCAACCCUUGCCUUGCCCCGCAGCUUCGGACGAGAGCGGCCCCGAGAGCAGAUCGCGGCCGGCCGCCGCCUCGACGCGAGCGGACGAGGACGACGACGAGAAGAAGAAGAAGCGCAGAGUUCUUUUCUCCAAGGCGCAGACUCUGGCGCUGGAGCGGCGCUUCCGUCAGCAGCGCUACCUGUCUGCGCCCGAGCGGGAGCAGCUGGCGCACUUGCUGCGCCUGACGCCCACGCAAGUCAAGAUCUGGUUCCAGAACCACCGCUACAAGAUGAAGCGCGCCAAGGGCAGCGGCGCCGGAGGAGAGCGCGCCGGGGAAGGAGCCGGCGCCGGAGGAGCGGCGGCGGCGCCUCUCCUGCGCAGGGUGGUGGUGCCCGUGCUGGUGCGCGAAGGCAAGGCGUGCCAGAGCUGCAGCGGCGCUGCGCAGGACUACGGCGGCGCCCAGAGCGCGCUCGGCCUCCAGGGCUACCCGGCGUUCCCGCAGACCGCCUCGCUAAGCCUCUUCCCCGCCUACCAGCACUUAGCGCCCCCGGCCCUUGUAUCCUGGAACUGGGGGUGA